CAACUAUUUCAGUUAUAUUUUUAAUUAACGAUGCCAAGUGCUUGUUGUUGCGUACCUGGAUGUCAUUUAAGAGGAGGACAUGCAUUUCCAAAUGACUUAAAAAGAAGGAAAAGUUGGAUCAACGCCAUGGCCCAUACGCAGAUUGGACGAGAACACGAUGAUAUCGUGGAGUCCAUCUCAAUCAGCUGUUGUUUGCAAGGCACGUUUUACUGAAAAAGACUACGUGCAGGAAACUAUUCAUGGGCGCAAACCCACCAUACAGAGACUUAAGUCUACUGCAAUUCCCAGCCUAUUUUCCUGGACCAAGCAAGAGACUGAAUCGUCCGCAAAAAGAAAAAUCAGGGCAGUUUCCUGUGAAAACAAAAGAACUAAACUUGAUGAAUAUUGUAGUAGAAAUCUAGAGGAAAGUUUUGAUUGUAAAGUUGGUUUUCCUGAAGAAGUCAUUCAUACUGCAGAAAGGAUUUAUGACUGUCCACCACCAACUGCCGAGCUAAUGUUGAGCUUCACAGAUGGAAUUACGCAAACACCAUCAAUGCCUAUGUUUUUAACAGAGAAUUUUGAAAUGAAGACACGUGACACAGCCAUGCAUUUUUAUACCGGUUUAGAGUUGUAUACUAAAUUUUUAUUUGUUUUGACCACACUUGGUCCAGCAGCACAUUGUUUGAGAUACAUAUAUUUUCAAAUUGAUAGGGUGUCAGUUGAAAAUCAGUUUUUUUAUGACUUUGAUGAAAUUGAGGCAUCAUACAACCAGCUUUGAACUGUCUAAAUUCUAGAUUGAAUCUAGUGUUAAGAAUAUUGUGUAUACAUGGAUUGUUUUUAUGUCUAAACAGUGGUGUGAGGCUAACACUUAGCCAUCUAGUGGUUUAGUCAGGUAUUUUUCACCAUCCAACUUCAAAUUAAAGUUUCCUACGACUUGGAUUAUUAUUGACAGCACAGAAUAUCCCGUGAUAAAACCUAAAGCUCCUAGAGCUCAGGCAACCUUUUCAUCAAAUAAAAUCAGAAACACUGAAAAUUCUUGAAUGUUCGACACCUGGUGGUUUAGU